ACGAGUUUGUGGUGAUGCCUUCGGCCUCUCGAAUGAUCCGGGCACCUUUCAACACACUAUGAAUCAGAUCUUUCAUGACUACUUGGAUAAGUUUGUCAUGGUGUACCUUGAUGACAUACUUACUUUUAGUAGGACUGUCGAGGAGCAUGUUGCGCACUCAAACAAAAUCCUCAGUCUCCUUCGGCAGCACAAGUUCAAGAUCAACGGGGAGAAAUGCGAGUUUGGUCGCACCCGGAUCUUGUACUUGGGUCAUGAGAUUUCCGCGGAGGGUUUAAAACCCAAUGGCGCGAAGGUGGCCAGCAUUCAUGACUGGCCGCGUCCUCAGUCUGUGACUGAGAUGAGGUCUUUCUUAGGGAUGACCAGCUACUCUCGUAACUUUGUUAAGAACUACAGCAUAGUGGCCGCCCCUUUGACUGACCUGACCCGCCUUGACACCCCAUGGGAGUGGACAGAUAGCUGUGAGACUGCUUUCAGACAUUUGAAGCAUGCGUUGACACACCAUGAGGUCUUGAAGCUUCCCGAUCCUGACAAGCCGUUUAUAGUAACCACAAAUGCUAGCCAAUAUGGCAUAGGCGCCGUGCUCGCGCAGCAGGAGGGGCCAAAGUUGAGGCCAGUCAAGUACAUGUCCAAAAAGAUGCCCUCUCAUAAGUUGGCUAAGUCCACCUAUGAGAAGGAGCUCUAUGCGAUCUACAAGGCACUCACCCACCGGAGGCAUUAUCACCUUGGGAGGCCAGACUUCUCUGGUGCGCUGAUGACUGAGUUUGGGCUUGCGGACGAUGUAACUCGCUCUUUGGUGGAAGCCUAUCGCGAGGACCCGUUUAUGACUGAGAUCAUUCGCAGACUCGAGGCGAAGGACAAAGUGAAUUCUGCCGAGUUUGAGCUGGUCAACGACUUCCUGUUCCUUGAGAAGGCCGGGAGUAAACGUUUGUGCGUGCCUAAUUGGGAUUCUUUGCGUAGUUUAUUUUUAGGUGAAUGUCACGAUGCCACAGGACAUUUUGGCUAUAAACUGCAGCAGCAGUUCUGGUGGCCCACAAUGGUGAAAGACGCCAAGCUGUAUGUGGAGACUUGUCAGGUCUGUCAGAUGGACAAGCCACGUACACAGGCUCCUCUUUUGCUUCUCAAGCCCCUUCCGAUUCCGGAAAGGCCUGGUGAGAGUCUGUCCACGGAUUUCAUGGAUACGCUGGUCACCAUCAAGAGUGGAAUGCGCUACGUCUAUGCCAUUGUGGAUAGGUUUAGCAAGUACGCUAGGUUAGUCGCAAUGCCGGCAACAGCUAAGACUGAGUACGUGAUUAAAUUGUUCAAAGAGAAUUGGGUCAGAGAUUUUGGAUUGCCAAAAUCUAUCGUCAAUAACCGUGAUGUGCGAUUUACUAGUGAACUGUGGAAGGCCGCAGCUGCAGAACAAGGAACACAACUAAAGAUGACAUUAGGGAACCAUCCAGAGGCGAAUGGGCAAGUAGAGCAGAUGAACCGCGUUGUACAACACCUGCUGAGGCACUACAUCAAGCCUAAUCAAGUAGACUGGGAUGAGAAACUUGCUCUCAUCGCCAGCCUGUAUAAUAACGUUGUGCACAACGCAAUGGGAGUCAGCCCGAACAGCCUGCUAUUGACCUUCAAGCCUAGACUGCCCCUAGAUUUCUUACUACCCGAGAACCAGCCUUCUGUUGCACCAGGAACCUUAGAAUUUGCUUAUCAUUAUGAGCGUCUGAUGCAGCAGGCUGUUGAACAAAUGCACAAGGCUCAGGCGGCGAUGAUAGAAUCUGAGAAUAAACACCGCCGCCCGUCUACGUUUCAAGUAGGUGAGAGAGUCUGGGUCAAGUCCUCAGAACUGGGACAGGGGCACUGGAUCUUCCGCAAGCUCAUGCCAUAGUACUUUGGACCAUGGGAGGUCCUAGAUGUUAUAGGAGAUGAACCGGAUGGACCAUUAUAUGGUAUUCGCAUCCCUGGUCACUUACGU